AUGCCAUAUAAAUCCAACUGGACGGUGGCCAUACCGCAAUGCUCUCUACCGACUUUCCUGUUCAAAUCGCCUACCACGCCGCUGGGUUCCAAGCACGCAUUCUCAGAAGCCGCCCGCCCAGACACGCAUUACCUGACUCGCGACCAAUUUCGGCUAUGGGCUCAGCGUUUUGCACUUGGGUUGCAGCGGUCAAAGCACUUUAGAAAAGGAGACCGCAUUCUGCUCUUUAGUGGCAAUGACCUCUUCGUUCCAGUGGUGUUCAUGGGCGUCUUAUGCGCCGGGGGCAUAUUUUCUGGAGCGAACCCGACAUUUGUCGCGAGAGAGCUGGCACAUCAGCUGAGAGACAGCGGCGCAACAUACCUUCUCUGUGCUGAAGGGUCACUCGAAACCGGUAUUGCAGCCGCGAGACUAGCUGGCCUGGAUGUCGCCGAGAGGGUCUUUGUCUACAACUCCAAAAUAUCCGAUGGAGAGAGCCAAGGUCUGAAAGGUUGCAGAUACUGGAGUGAACUUGUGGCGCCGGCAGAAGACGCCAGGGGAUUUCAAUGGGAUGAUCUUACAGGACCAGGGGAAUGUGACACUACUCUGGCUUUGAACUACAGCAGUGGCACAACCGGUGUUCCCAAGGGCGUCGAGAUCACCCACAAGAACUACAUUUCCAACACAAUACAAGUGCAUGAAAUGGCCAAACUCGACCCCGAUUAUGAAGCGCGCAACGCUCGUGCCUCGUGGCUCUGCUUCCUUCCGCUGUACCACGCGUAUGGGCAGACAUUCUACAUUGCCGGUGCAUUCAGCCGUGGGGUGCCAGUUUAUGUCAUGCCCAAAUUCGACUUUAUACAGUUUCUGGAAUAUACACAGAAAUUCCGCGUCACAGACUUCACGCUCGUUCCCCCUAUUGCAGUCAUGUUAGCCAAGCAUCCCGCAGUGGAGGAGUAUGACCUGAGCUCGGUCGAGAAUAUCGGAUCUGGAGCCGCGCCGUUAGGCCGAGACGUGUCGGAACAGGUUGAACGGCGGAUAGGAACAGGCUUGAACUUCAAGCAGGGUUAUGGCAUGACCGAAUGCACUUGCUCCUUUCUUGGCUGGGAUCCCAGGGAAAUAUCCUUGACUAACUCAGUUGGCCAGCUUAACCCUAAUUGCGAAGCCAAAAUAAUGACCGAAGAUGGCACCUCCGAGAUCACAGCUCGCGGCUCCUCUGCGGUGGGAGAAUUGUGGUGUCGUGGACCAAACGUCAUGAAAGGAUAUUGGCGUAACCCGGAAGCCACCGCGGGUACUCUAACGCCGGACGGAUGGCUGAAGACGGGCGACAUCGCCUAUGUGGACUACGAUAUGUGUUUCUACAUAGUCGAUCGGAAGAAGGAAUUGAUUAAAGUGAAAGGGAAUCAAGUGGCGCCGGCCGAGCUAGAAGCCUUGUUGCUGGAGCAUCCUGGAAUAGCCGAUGCGGCAGUGAUAGGUAUGCCGACCGAAGACGGAGAUGAAAAGCCUCGUGCAUUUGUCGUUAGGCAAGUUGGGCCGCACGGGAAAAAUUUGACGGAAGAAGAUGUCAAGAGAUUCAUCGAAGGGAAGGUCGUUCGAUACAAACGACUGGCCGGCGGAGUGGAAUUCGUGGAUGUUAUUCCGAAAAAUCCUUCAGGUAAGAUCUUGAGAAGACACUUGAGAGACGCAACGCGAGAGAGGAUGAGAAAAGAGGGUGUGAGACUAUGA